CGUACUGAGUCAGGGUGCUUGUCGAAGAAGAAAGAUAUACUAAGAAUCAGAUAGAGAUUGGCACAUUAGUACAGGAAGUAACUUGGAUACAGGUCUCCAUCCUUCGGAACGGAUAGCUUUGUUUCCAUGAUGACUAUGGAUUGGUUGAGAGUGUACCUGGCAGGGCUCUUCUUGGUACCUCUUAUUUCUGCGACCGACUCCACCACUCAGCGGACUUCUGCGGUCACGGAAGUGCAAAACUUUUCCACAAGUUCUGAGCCAACCACGACAGAUAAAGGCUCAUCCACACUCGUUUCCAGGAUACCGGCAAACAUUUCCAUGACCCCGUCACCCUCAGUCAGAGGAAAUGCAACUACACCGGAAGCAAUGCACCCCAUAACCACUUCCAGCUAUUCACAGCAGCCAAACAACACAACAAACCUCGUCCAAUCAACCAGCAGCCCUGCCGGAACAGGUGCCAUAGUUACGGCUUCAACAAUUGCAGGUUAUAUUUUCUUGGUGAUAAUAGUGAUAGCCCUUGCUGUGCUUUGCUGGAUCCUCAUUUCUCUCAGGAGAAAAUCCAGGUGGUAUUCCUUUGACUUCAAGUACCCUGUACUCCUGACGGACCCUCCUGGGACUUUUGAGACCGUCAACAUGGACGGACUGAAUAUUGUUGACCUUUCACCUUUGCCAGCAUCCAAUGGGGAGCGUCUCCUGGACCAGGAGGUGCUCCUGCCCUAUAGCGGCUUCCUCCCAUUGGACACUGAGCAGACUGACAGGAAGUGGGACCAAUCAGACGGAGUGUCACUUCAUAUAACAGAGGAAGAGCCGGAGAACAGCACUGCACUGUCCUGUGGUUCUACUGCACCCUAGUACUGUGUAUGUAUGUAUGUACCCUAGUAUUAUACUGUCUAUGUACCCUGUAUGAAUACAGUGUAUGCAUCCUAAUAAUGCACUGUGUAUCUAACCUGUAUGCAUGCUGUAUAUGUACCCUAGUACUGUACUUUGUAUGAACCCUAUUACUGUGUAUCCUAGUAUUGAACUGUAUACCCUGUAUAAAUACUGUGCAUGUACCCUGUAUUACAACUGUAUGUACCCUAUUCUGUCUUUUUAUUUGUAGCGUAUUUGUUGGUUCUUAUUAACAUUAUCUCUUCUCCUCCUCCCCUCCCCUCCA